AUGGCGGGGCAGGAGUCGUAUGAGGCAUUCCGGGUCCGCUUCGAUGGCGCGGCUAUUUCAACGUAUGCCUUGCUCAUGAUAGUCGUCCCCAUGAAGAUUUGGUGUAGAACGCAGGUGAGCGGCUGGAAAAGCAUUGGAUGGGACGACUGGCUCUCCGUUGCCACUUUGGCCUUCGUCAAUGUCUGGUUUUGGGAUAAUAUGAUUGGUGUCCGACCCUACCUCGGGAAACAUGUUGGAACCGGCGAAUCGGAAGUCAACCCAGAACAAUUGGAAUACUUCCUCAAGUGUCUAUACGUUGCAUCGAUAUCAUACGUGGUGUCCAUCGUAUUCAUCAAACUUACGAUAUUGGCGUUCUACUGGAAACUCUUCUCCGUCGCAGCAAGAUGGCCGAUUCGAAUCCUCGCCGCGUCUGUCGUGGCAUGGCUCAUCGCUUUUGUCUAUCUUGGAGCAUUCGGUUGUCUGCCCAUCCGCGCGCAAUGGGAUGUAACGGCAAUGGCAACUGCGAAAUGCGUGCCACCAAAGUCCAUCUAUCUCGGCGCAUCACUCCCAAAUGUUAUAACGGAUCUAAUCCUUGUGUUGAUGCCUAUCCCGUACGUCUGGAGGCUAAACAUUGCUCUUCAGCAACGCCUCAUACUUGCCGGCCUUUUCCUGCUGGGCCUGUUCAUUUGCAUCGUCUCCAUUAUCAGACUGACGAUAGUCAUGUCAAUCUCCACUGACGAUCACGAUACUACAUAUAACCUCAAGGACUUCAUGCUGUGGUCUAUCGUUGAGGUGAACAUAGGGCUCGUCUGCUCUUGUCUGCCUAGUAUGCGACAUAUUCUCAAGGCAAUUGGGCUGGGACGUUUCUUCUCUCUAUCUUACGGUCCGAAUGGGCAGAAUACGCCUGGCAGACGUCCCAACAGUGACCCGACGGGUGUGAACACUGGCUCCAGCGGGGGACGCGUCCUUCGGUCCAGGCAAAAUGCAUCUAAUAACAGCGGGCUAUGGUGGGGGAACACAGGUCUCAGCAGGAUAGACAGCGAUGAGGAUGCCUAUCAGAUGAUCGAUCACGUAGCGGGCGCCAACGUGAGUGCUGCCGCCGCGGAGAAUGGACAGCAGUCUGGCCAAGAGACCGACCAGGGAUCAACUGAGGAGGGAGGAGAUGGCUCAAAGAAUGGCGGAAUUGUUGUGCAUCAAAGCUGGAGCGUCAUGACUGAUGGGAAAGGUUCUUGA